AUCAUUACUCAUUCAUUUGCCCCCCUCGCUUCUAACUUGCGAGUUGCAAAUCCAUUUUCAAUAUGGCUCUCCAUCUAACCACCAUUUUCACCGCCGCCCUCCUCCUCCUUCUCUCGCCACUCGCAUCCUCAACGCUCCUCCCCGUCACCGGCGGUGAGGCACUCUCACCCUACGAAAUCCUCCAAGGCUACAACUUCCCCGUCGGUCUUCUCCCCCGAGGCGUCUUAAAGUACGAUCUAGACGAGUCCACAGGCUGCUUCCAUGCCUACUUAAACAGUUCGUGUAGCUUCGGACUGCAAGGAUCCUAUCAACUCAAAUACAAAUCGACAACCAGUGGGAUCAUCUCCGAAAACAAGCUCAAAAAUCUCAGUGGAAUAAGCGUCAAAGUCCUGUUUUUGUGGCUGAACAUUGUGGAGGUUGUUAGAGAUGAAGACGAGCUGGAGUUUUCGGUAGGGAUUACAUCUGCUAGCUUCGCUAUUGAUAACUUUUAUGAGUCCCCACAGUGUGGGCGCGGCUUUGAUUGCGUUAAUGGCAAAGUAAGCAAGCUUAGAAUUAAGUCUUCUUUUUCAUCAAUCUAGACGAUUUCCUGGGGACUCAAAUAAUU